CACGGGGAGCUGCCGUGGACCGGGAGCCCGGGAUCCACGGCCCAUCGGAUGACGCGGCGGGAUCGACGUCGGGGCUCAGCGAGGAAUCAGAGCUUCCGAAAUAUCAUAAUCAUUGCGGGGGAGUUGGGGUGGAGCAGGGAUCGAGGGGCACUAUGAAUGAAGAGCAGUUUGUGAACAUUGACUUGAACGAUGACAACGUUUGCAGUAUUUGUAAACUGGGGACGGACAAAGAAACUCUCUCGUUUUGCCACGUCUGUUUUGAGCUCAACAUCGAGGGGGUCGCGAGGUCUGACCUCUUGCACACCAGAUCCCUGAGAGGACACAGAGACUGUUUCGAGAAGUUCCACCUGAUAGCCAAGCAGGACUUUCCCCGCUCCAAACUCUCCAAGAGCACGUACGAAGGAGUCAAAACGCUCCUGAGCAAAAAGCUCCACCGGAUCGUCCACUACGCCCAGAACAGGGAUUUCGAGGGGGACCCCGAGGGCCCCAGACAGCACCAGCUCUUCCCCUUCCGGCCCCCGGCCGAGAGGAGGCUCCCGCCUCGGUCGGACUCGGGGGUCCCGAGGUAUUCGGCCACGUGGAGAGAGGGCGGCCCGAGGGGCGGCGGCCCGGGACGGGGCGAGCCCGCCGGCCUCCGGCUGGAGAUGGCGUCCGCCGCGGGGGCCCCUCUGCGCCCCAAAGGCCCCCCGUGGGCGGAAGGCGACGGCCCGACCCGGGAGAAGGAGGCGGAGGCUCGCGGGCCGGACUCCGGGGUCCGGCGCCCGCGAUACAGCCGAGAAGAACUGCACUCGCUGAGCCUCGGGGAAGUAGAGGAGCUGAACGGACGGCUACGGCAGCAGAUCCAGGAGGUGUUUGAGGAGCUGGCCCGCCAGGUGCAGGAGAAGGACUCUCUGGCCUCGGAGCUCCACGUCCGCCACGUCGCCAUCGAGCAGCUGCUCAAGAACUAUUCCAGGCUCCCGUGCGUGCAGGUGGGACGCGCCGCGGGGGUCAAGCCGGACCCCCCCGUGGACAACUGACGCCGCCCCGCGCCGGCCCCCUCCCCCGGGCGCACGCCGGACCGCUCUCGGCGUGUGUUCGCGAGAGGACGGGUCCUCCGUACACGGGAUCUGGUUCCUUCGGAAGGGUCCUCUCCUCCGGUCCGGUGUCGCCCUCUCGACGUCGACAACAAAAUAUACAUACGUAUGUGCGA